ACAUCGCGCCGCUAGACGCCGUGGACAUGGCCGAGGACAUGGAGAUCAUGAGUCACGCCGCCUGUCAGUUCACUCUAGAUAACAUCUGGAUGGGCAGGAUGACGAGUAGCACGCCGAAAUGGAAGAUUCUGGCUGCUAUGAUUUUCCCACCCUUGUUGUUCAUCAUUGAGUACGUUGAAGACGAAGAUCCAACACACGAGCAUGAGGAUGGACCAUCGAUAUUGGACAGGAUCACGUUCUACUACACAGCACCUAUCACCAAGUUCAUGUACAGUGUGGUGUCGCACGUGCUGUUGAUAUUCAUCUUUAGCUACAUGGUGCUGUUCGAACUACAGCCGCUCAGUAAAGAGUCAAUCGGAUGGUCGGAGGGCCUGAUGGUGUUGUGGAUUGCAAUCCUUGGAUUAGAAGAAAUCAGGCAAAUGGUUGGUGCAGGUGUGAUGAUCCAGACCUGGAUCUCCAACCCGUGGAACAUCCUGGACAUCUUCAUAGUGGCUCUGUUCGAGAUCUCCUUCCUCAUCCGCCUGUCUCUGGAGAAGGGGUUCGAGAAAACGGAUUUCCAGCUGAUCCGGAUCCUCUACUGUUUCACCCUGAUCCUCAUUUGUUACCGAACCUUCCCCAUGUUUUACCUCAGUAAAACCAUGGGUCCCAAGAUCGUCAUGAUCUGGAAAAUGGUUGGUGACGUGAUGUUUUUCCUGUGUAUCCUGGCCGUGUUUGUUGUGGCGUACGGCGUGCCCAGACUGGCCCUGACCGAGCCGGACAGCAAGUUCACCCCGGCCUACACGGAGAAGGUGUUCCGUACGCCGUACUGGCAGAUGCACGGAGAACUGUUGUACCUGGAGGAAGGGGAGGGGCCAGAUCUGCCCUGGUAUGUUGACUUCAUGGAGGCGGGGUACAUGCUGCUGGUUAAUGUGAUGUUACUGAACCUGCUCAUCGCUCUCUUCACUUUCACCAUUGAACAUGUGCAGGAGCAUGCGCACCAGUACUGGAGCUACUACCGGUAUGACGUCAUCCAGGAGUACCAUGACCGCCCCCUGGGUCCCGGACCUCUCCUCCUGAUAGGUCUGGUGUGGAAACUGUGGCAGCACUACGGUGCAGAGAACGGCGACACGUCCAACAAUCCCUUCAGUGAGUAA